AUGGUCCGAAUCGCCCCUUUCGCAGUCGAAGAAUGGAUGGACGAAUACGAGAACACGCCGGGCUGCCUUAACAUAGCCGAGACCUGCGCCGCCUCCGUGUCUAUUGACGAGCUGGUGGCGCUCGCUAGAAGCCCGAACGUGAAGAACGCCCAAGGAGAAGAAGGGAAAGCCGUUCCAGGUCCCGUUGAGGCGGCCUUCACUUCCACCAAACUCACCUACGGCGCCAUCCGAGGUUCGGAAGCGUUGCGUCGGAACGUCGCCUCCCUCCACGAGACCGAGCUGCCUUCUGCUACUACUACGACUCCCCUGCAGACCCUUUCCCCCGACGACAUACUCAUCACCCAGGGUGCCAUUGCCGCCAACUUCCUCGCCCUCUACACCCUCGUCGGCCCAGGUGAUCAUGUCAUCUGCGUCUACCCGACUUACCAACAGCUCUACUCCGUCCCGGCCAGUCUGGGCGCCGAGGUCUCCCUAUGGAAACUCAAGGCCGAAAAUGCCUUCAUCCCCGAUGUGGCUGAGCUCGAGGCACUCGUUAAGCCCAACACCAAAAUGAUCAUACUCAACAACCCAAACAACCCAACCGGAGCACCCAUCCCGCUCGGCACCCUAACCGAAAUCGUCGCCUUCGCCCGCGUCCGCAACAUCACAAUCCUCUCCGACGAAGUCUACCGGCCACUCUUCCACUCCCUACCGAGCGACGACACCCCUCCACCCCCCGGCAUCACCGCCCUGGGCUACCAAAACGUCAUAGCCACCGGCUCCAUGUCGAAAGCCUACGCCCUCGCCGGCCUCCGCAUAGGCUGGCUCGCCACCCCGUCCCGCGCCCUCCUCGACGCCUGCGCCUCGGCAAGGCACUACACCACCAUCAGCGUCUCGGCCCUCGACGACCGCGUCGCCUCCUACGCCCUCUCCCCCGCCGUCCGCCCCGCCCUGCUCCGCCGCAACCUCGACCUCGCGCGCACCAACCGCGCCCUCCUGGCGGGCUUUGUCGGCCGCCAUGCUGCCGUGUGCGACUGGGUCGCUCCCCUCGCCGGCACGACCGCUUUCGUUCGCUUCCGCCACAGGGACGGGGACGGCGGCGGGACAGGGCGAGGAGGACGGCCUGUCGAUGACGUGGCUUUCUGCAGGGACGUGCUGGAUCGCAGUGGCGUCUUCUUUGUCCCCGGGUCGAGGUGCUUUGGCGACGGCUCGGACUUUGCGGGGUACGUACGCAUCGGCUACGUUUCCUCGACGCAGGUCCUGCAGGAGGCGCUGGGAAAGUUGGAUGCGUAUAUCGAGGCGCAUCUUUCUUGA